CACCGAGAGAAACGUUCGGGCGCCAUCCAUCCCAGGCAUCGAGACGUGUGAUUUCACAGACUGUACAAGACGAACUCCCAUCAAAGUGAAACGCCCAACAAAGAAAAACACCAGCAAGGAAAAAUGGACAGUAAUCCUGAGGCAUCUUAUGGACAUGGCCAACUGCAGUCUGCAAGUUACGGGGAGUUUUGUAAUCCGGUGACUGAUCAAGAACCAGAAAUGAGGUGCUUAGAUCCUACGACUUUAGAACCGGCAAGCCCUCAGCAAAAGUCCCAUCCUCAACGCCCGUUACAAUGCAUGCCUCUACAGGAACCUGCACAUGGAUCCGACCAACAACAUUUAACAAAUAACCAGGCUCCUCUUGCUGUUCUUCAAAGUAAUCUUGGCCGUAACGGCGCUAGAACAGAGCUGGUUGAGAGUGCCACUGAUUUCACAGCUAAUCCAUCAAAUCAGUAUGAUAUGGAACUUUACAAUGAAAUGCAUCCGAAAUUUAAUGGCAGCUUUGAUGAAUUCCUUAUUCAGCAGCCAGCAACUCAACCCAAAGGCCUAGUAGACAAUAUUACAGACGUUUCUGCAUUGCCUGAUUUUCAGAAGACUAAAGAUAAUGAUGUAGAACAGCCAUCAAUUAUACUUGACCCGAAUGUGGAGUAUGAAGUAUAUGACCUGGUUCAAGUAUGCAGCGAAUCAGGCCCGCACCUAACAAAUUGGGAUGCAGACAAAGAGCAGCAAAUAUCCAAGCAUACAUAUAAACUACCAGAUGGAGAAAUGGUCUUAAUUGGUAUGGAUGAAAAAGACAGCCUGGUACAAAUUUCUACAGUCUCUGAUUUGUGGGUAAAGCUCGCAACCCCUGGUGAGAAUCUUAAGCAAUUCUUGCGUAAGAACUGGUCUAACAUGUUGCAUUAUUUACCAGUUAUUUACCAGUCAAAGCAAUGUCGCUGGCAGGAAGAGGAACCCAAUCCAAAGGAUUUAAAGUUAUGGUUCAAGGCUAUCACGGAAAAGUACUGGACUGUAAUGCUGGGGAAGACAGACAAGAUCCCCACAAAUGAAGAGGAAGGCAUCAUGUGGCAGAAAAUAUUUAUGGAAAGAUGUGAAACAGUCAGGCCACGUGCCAGAGGAAGGCCUUAUUAAUUCUCAACCUCAUGUUAUAUAUCCAAUUUA